CACGGUCAAUCAUGUAGUAACAUCAUAAACAUGUGAAAAACGAGGAUUUCUUUGAUGUCAAUCGCACAAUGAAUGUUGACUAAACAUUGUUUAUUGGUAAACAACAUAUUAGGGAACAUAGAAAAUAACAACGACGUACGUACAAGUCUUUAAGAUGGAACUUCGGAUGCAGCUUUCGUUUAUCUGCCAAAUAAUUUUGGCAAGCAUAAUCAAAGGUUAUGAUAUCCGAAGAGUAUGUUAUUUCAGUGGUAGCUCAAUCUACAGAGAUGGUGUUGAGUUUUCAUUGAAACCAUCAGACAUUGACCCUUUCCUAUGUACCCAUCUCAUCUAUGCAUCAGCAGCCUUAAACGAUGACGGUUCGGCUGUCAAACUACCAGACGGUUAUGAUGAUUUUCAACAAUAUAGAGAUUUGACUAAUCUAAUGAACAUAAACGAAGAUUUGACUGUUAUGUUAUCUAUUGGUGGAUGGGAACUUGGUAGUCAGAGUUGGAGUAAGCUAGUAUCAUCUCGUACAAACAUGGAAUUAUUUGCUUUGGAAGUUAUUCGAUAUCUUCGCAUGCAUAAUUUUGACGGUUUGGACGUAGACUGGGAAUAUCCUGCCACUAGAGGUAGCCCACCGGGAGACAAGCAUAACUUUGCUGAGUUAUUAGAGGUAUUACAACAUUAUUUUGAGAAAGAAGAAGAACCUGAUAAUAAAGAAACCCUUUUUUUAUCAGUUUGUCUCGACCCCACUCAACAGAUGAUUGACAGAUCGUAUGAUCUAAAAAGAAUUUCAAGAGUAGUAAAUUUCAUAAAUCUAAAACUGUAUGACUUGUAUGGACAUUGGGACGAUCCCAUGAGAAUAUAUCCACACAGUGCACUGACAGGAGAAAGUAACGAGAAGAAUGUAAAUUCUUUAUUAAACAAUUGGAUCUCACAGGGUGUACCUAAGCAUAAAAUCGUUCUUGGAAUCCCAUUCUUUGGAAGGUCUUUCAGAUUACAGAACAGCAACUUGUCUGCUCCAGGAUCAUUGGCUAUCGGUCCUGGUUCUGACAAUGGAGAUGGAUAUCCAGUUAAAAAUCUUUGUCAUCUUAUAAAACAUGGUGGAUUGUCAGAACGAAUGUAUGCACGUGUACCAUUCGUAGUUCAUGAAGAUGAAUGGAUAAGUUACGAUAAUCCAGCCAGUGUUCAGGAAAAGGCUGAGUUAGUGAUGAGUAAUAGAUUGGGAGGUGCAUUUGUGUGGACUUUAGAUAUGGACGAUUUUAAUGGUGCAUGUGGCACUAAGUAUCCUAUGAUGUUUGCUGUCAUUCAUGGUCUACGGGAAUAUGAUGAGUAUAUAACUGACAAACAAGAGGCUAUGUUGUUUAUGGCUGAACAAAAGAGACUUGGAAAGGAGAGGUUGUCAAAUGUUGCAUUAGAGAAAAGGAAAGCUGGACAUAUGUUAGAUCAAUUGAACGUACCUCAAAAAUCAGAAGAAAAAUUUUUUUGGUAGUGAAAAAAAAAGACAAAAGAAAAGUCACAAUCCGUUUUAUAUUUGUUUUGUUUUAUAUUAUUUACUACAAUUGAUUAAACUUUACUUUGA